AGCUGUGGUUGUGACGAUCUACAGGAUGGGUUUUCCUGAAGCUGCCAGUUCUUUUAGAACUCAUCAAAUUGAGGGGGUUCCAACCGGCUCUGCAGUUGAUGGAUUUAAGGCAAAUUUUGUCUUUAAGGAGAUUGAGAAGAAGCUUGAAGAGGAAGGGGAAGAGUUUGUGAAGAAAAUCGGUGGUAUUUUUGCCUUCAAGGUGAAGGAUAGCCCUGAGGGUAAAGAAGCCACCUGGGUGGUGGAUGUGAAGAAUGGCAAAGGGUCAGUGCUUCCUAACUCAGAUAAGAAGGCUGACUGCACAAUUACAAUGGCUGACUGCGACUUACUGGCUUUGAUGACUGGUAAAAUGAAUCCUCAGUCGGCCUUCUUUCAAGGCAAAUUGAAAAUCACUGGCAACAUGGGUCUGGCUAUGAAGUUACAAAAUCUUCAGCUUCAGCCGGGCAAAGCUAAGCUAUGAAGAACUUUUGCAAAUUAAGAUGAGAUAUAUAGAUAUCUGUCCAUAUACUUCAUUGUCAGAACUUAGAUGGAAACUACACAUUGGCAAAUAGCGUGAGAUUUGUUUUUAAAUGGGUGUGACCAGUCCUGUUUUCCGAAGCUCUGGGUGGACAGAGCCUGAUGAUGUACUACUGCUAGCUGAAUUGCAUACAACUGUGCAUUACAAAGUUAAUAUGGUAAUUAUGGUUUGGGGUAACAUUGAGUUUCAGAAUAAAAUUAGGAACAGCAAAAUCUAAAAACUAUGUAAACAAAAGCUCUCAUUUUGCUUAUAAAGUAUAUUUAAAAUCUUUCUGCUGAAGAUUCAACUUAAGGUUUCCUCUGGAGAACUAGGGAAGAAACCGAAUGCCAGGUGCUAGCCAGUAAUUAGUGUUGUACACUUAAUCUAUUUUCCAUUAAUAGUUUUUAAAACUCUGUACUGAGAUAUUUUAAAAAAGACUGAAAUUUUGCAUUUCAUGCCACCGAAUGGUAUUUUUUCCCAAAUCAAAAUAAAUCUGAUCAGAGUUUGGGGGAAAAAAAUCUACAACUGAAUGUAGGCCUAUUUUUAAAAUAAAAACAUUUUUAAAAUGACUUUCCUUCUUGAAAAAAAAUCCUUGUAUUGGUCAUAAAACGCUGUUGUUAAAAAUAAUUGAACAAAUAAAGCUCGCUUUGAGAUGCACAGCUUUUAAACUAUCUGUAAAGUGCUCAGUCCUUUGUUCUCAUAUUCCUAUUUCAUAUAAAUUUAGUUUAAUUAAUUAUCCACAUUUAAUUUAUCUUCCUGCUUUUUCUAAUGCUAAUGUUAUUUCUUAUACCUUAUUAAGAUACGGGGUAAAAUAAUGCUUUUGGAAGAAUGUUUAACAGAAAAUUAAAAUAGCUCUUCCUGAAAAAAAAAAAA